AUGAUCCUCGGUCUUUGUUGCGCAAUGGGAUCCGGAGUCGCACUUCCGCUCAUGAAUAUCGUUUUUGGCAACCAGGUCGGGACCUUGAACCAGUAUUCUACGCCAAGGUCGACUCUUCAGGAACAGCACUUCAGGCAGACGAUAAAUCGCAACAGGUAUAAAACUGUCCCAGGUUUCGUCUUGACAUAUUUUUCUAUGGUCACCUUCAGGCUUAUCAGCCUCAAAGCAUCUGCUACCCUGCGGAUAGAGUACCUCGAGUCGCUGUUCUCACUCCCCAUCAGCAGACUAGAUGAGAUUUCAAGUGGCACUGUGACUCACGCUAUAACUUCGCUGUCAAACCAAAUUCAGCAGAGUGUCUCUGAUAAGCUGGCUAUGCUCUUCCAGUCUUUUGCGCUCCUGGUGGCAGCAUACGCCAUUGCCUUUCGAUACUCCUGGGCGCUGACAUUAGUAGUGAGCUCAGCGAUCCUUUUCGUUCUUUUAGGGUUCAGCGUCACCGUUCCCUUCUUCAUCAAGGCUCAGCACCGCGUAGAAGAGGCAGAUCAAAAGCAUGCAUCUGUUGCAGCAGAUGUACUUGCCUCAGUUCGCACCGUCUUCUCACUCGGGGCAGAGGCAUCCUUAGCUCGCAAGUACUCUGCGUGGAUCAUGGAAGCAAAGCAACGGGGAGCCAAAGUGUCGAUUGUCAGCGGGAUACACCUGGGGCUUCUGUUUUUCGCUAUGUAUGCGAGCUUCGGCCUGGCCUUCUGGUUCGGUUUGAAGCUGUUUCGUGACGGCAAUAUCGACAAUGUCAAUACCGUCAUAACGGUUUUCUUCUCCGUUCUUUUGGUGGUCACAGUCCUUGGCAACAUUGCGUCCCCACUCAUGAUUAUAAGCCAGGCGAUCGGUGCUUCUCGUUCAUUCUUCGACGUCAUCGAUUCAAGGGUAUCCCCGGCGACAGGAGCAAUAGGGUUCGACCCAUACAAUCCAGGGGACAUCACAUUCAAUGGCGUGAGCUUUGUCUAUCCAACCCGCCCGAAAUCACAGGUUCUCCGCAAAUUCCAUGCGCGGUUUGAGCAAGGGAAGACAACAGCCCUCGUGGGACCCUCGGGUUCCGGCAAAAGCACAGUCGUUGCACUCCUUGAAAGGUGGUACGACCUCAAGGCCUCGACUGAUGGCAAGACCAUGGAGAUGAUUGAAGGCGAAAUCCAAGUAGGUGGAGUGAGUAUUGACCGGCUCGACCUCCAAUGGUGGAGAUCCCAAAUCGGCCUGGUGCAACAGGAGCCUGUUCUCUUCAAUACCACGAUCAUGGAGAAUAUCAGUAUGGGGCUUGCAGGAACCCAGUGGGAGGGUUCAGCCGAAUCUGUCAAACAGGAAAUGGUGCUUACAGCCAGUAAGGAAGCGUUUGCGGACGAUUUCAUCCAAAGGCUACCUCAGGGUUAUUCUACGUUGGUAGGAGAAGGCGGAAUAAGCCUUAGUGGGGGUCAACGACAGCGUAUAGCAAUUGCGCGUUGUAUCGUCCGACAACCAUCGAUCCUAAUUCUUGACGAAGCAACCAGUUCGAUAGAUGUCCAUAGCGAGCGCAUUGUCCAAAAAGCACUUGAACGUGUCUUGAAGAACCGCACUACGAUCCUCAUUGCUCACCGACUGUCAACUGUCCGCAAAGCGGACCACAUCAUUGUCAUCAAGGACGGCAUUAACCUCGAAGAAGGAUCCCAUAACGAACUGAUGGCGGCCGGUGGCGUGUACUCCAGCUUGGUCCAUGCUCAGGAAUUGCGAGAUAUACCCAACUCUGGAUCCGAUAUACUGAAGGACCAGGAAUCGUCGUGCCAUCUGCUAGCUGAGAAGGAAGAGAGCGUCACCACUACCCCCACCGACUCUGCGAAGAACGACCACCAAGCCCCUUUCGACGAUCGGGGCAAGCCUGGGAGCAAACACAAACCACCGAAUAAUGUUCUAUUACGAAUAUUGAAAGAGCAGCAGCAGAAUUGGGUGCUCUAUAUAUUAGUUCUCUGCGGCGCGCUCGGCGCAUCGUCUGCGUUCGCACUGCAGAGCUGGCUCUUUGCGCAGCUUGUACAGGUUUUCCAAUAUACUGGUGACAGACUGGUUAGCGCUGCCAACUUUUGGGCCUUAAUGUUCUUUGUGAUGGCGCUGGCCAUGGCGGGAUUCUACCUUCUUGUUGGAUAUUGCUCGAAUCGAAUUUCGCUGUCCAUAUCUUGGUUUGAUCGCGAGGAAAACAGCAGCGGCACUUUAACAUCUCGCCUUUCCACGGACCCCCAGCAGCUCCAGUCGCUCUUUGGAGUGAGUGGAACAUUCCCUCUGAUAUCCAUUCUCAGUGUGAUUGGAUGUAUCGCCAUUUCGUUCUCAUUUGGGCCAAAGCUCGCGGCUGUAGCUUUCUGUGCUGGUACUCCAUUCUUGUUUCUGGGCGCAUUUGCACGCAUCCGGUAUGAGAUGAAAUUCGAGGCAAUCAAUACAGAGGUCUAUGCAGAAAGUUCCCAGUUCGCAAGCGAGGCUAUCCGAGCCUUCCGGACAAUAACGUCUUUGAACAUGGAGAAAGCGAUUCUGAGACGCUAUUCGACCCUAGUAACUCAACAGAGACGCCGUGCAAUGCGGAAGGCAUGGUACGCCACGCUAAUCUUUGCCUUUGCCGAUAGCUUCGAGCUCUGUUCGAUAGCUCUUACUUUCUGGUAUGGUGGCCGUCUCUUAGCUUCUCAUGAGUAUGACGUUGUGUCAUUCCUUGUCGUCUAUGUCGCCAUUAUCCAGGGGGGCCAGUCAGCCGGCCAAUUCCUCAGUUUCGGUCCGAACAUCGCGCAAGCUUCUGCCUCAGGACAGCGCAUCCUUGGCCUUCGCCAUGCACCUGGAUUAGUGGCAAAUCCGCUCUCCACAGAGCUUAUGCCCUCAGAUGACGCGGACACCGACACAAGCGUUCAGUUACGACGAGUAUCCUUCAACUACUCCUCGCGGGAUGCCCCUAUAUACGACGGUCUGAGCCUUAAAAUUGGGAGUGGGCAAUUUGCUGCAAUCGUCGGGCCGUCCGGCUGCGGCAAAUCUACCAUUAUCUCCCUACUGGAGCGUUUCUACCAGGUCUCGAGCGGCGAAAUCCUCUUUGGGAACAAAAACAUUGACUCAAUCGAGCUGUCUUCGUAUCGAUCCUCACUUGCCCUUGUCUCCCAAGAACCGCAACUAUUUGACGGUACUAUCCGCGACAACCUCCUACUUGGUCAAGCCGGGUCACCUGCUGUCACCGAGUCACAGAUGAUCCAGGCCUGCCAAGACGCCGAAAUUCACGAUUUCAUUCUUUCUCUUCCCGAGGGCUAUAACACGGCUCUUGGAGUUAACGCGCAAGCUGCCCUCAGUGGCGGUCAGAAACAACGGAUCUGCAUAGCACGCGCUCUAAUUCGAAAACCGCGUCUCCUCCUCCUAGAUGAGGCUACUUCAAGCUUGGACUCCCAGUCCGAAAGACUGGUGCAGGCGGCAUUGGAGAGGCUAGCGAAGAAACAGGACAUGACUAUCAUCGCCGUGGCACAUCGGGUGGCAACCAUUCAAAAGGCCAAUCGGAUUUUUGUUCUGGGACGCGAACCGCAGGAUAAGUGUACCAGGCUUCUGGAGAGUGGGACGCACGAAGAGCUGAUACUGAAGCAAGGAGUAUAUUGGGAAAUGUGCCGAGCGCAAACUCUUGACGAAGCUAUCGAAUGA